CAACGGCACGGGUCGUACCUCGACAGCUAUCCUCGAUAAAUACCACCUGCGACGUCGUGGUGAUAUGCUGCCAGUGGUUCUAGUAGUUUUAGUAGUACAAUAGACCACUACUCACUUGAUCUUUCACCUUUUAAACCUUAUAAAUCUUGUAAUCCCUGUAAACCUCGUAGGAUAACUAACGCACCAAAGUGUUUAGCUUUCAGGGGUAGAUACAAAUCACCCCCAGUAAUCACUCCAGUAUCACCAUUCAGUAUCAACUCUCAAUCAGAUCGAGUCUUUUAAUUCAAAGUGAUCAUUUCUCCUCUCCUCUUCUGGUAUUUAACAUAAAAAAAUAAAAAUAAAAAGCUCCAGCUUUUUAUCUCUACUGAGUAUCAAUGUAUUUACGAGACUGAGAACAGAGUAGUCAGGAUGACACCGGCUAAAAAAUCACAAAACGAGGAUACUUGUUUGUUUUUGGCUACUACUUUGACUCUUUGUUAUUUCCGGACGACUGGUCAUCUAUUGCGUAAUUUGUUGUUUACAAUAUUGAGAUCCUCGAGUCAUCCUCAGUUAAAUCUCUAUCUACUUAAUUCACUUAAUUUAUAGUACUGUUUAUAUUUAAUAUUUAAUACUCGGAAAAAAUAAAUUAGAGUGUUAAAAUGACGUACAAGUCAUGACCUACUCGUGUGAGAUAAGAUUGAGUGAUUUUUGUAUUUUGUCAGUGUAUCGGAGUAGUAGGACGUGACAGUUUGCGUUAAACACUGGAGGGAAAAUCACGCGGUGAGAUAAAUUAACAUCGAGAUUUACGUGAUUCAUCAAUUUUAAUUUCAAUUCUCCUUCUUAUCUCUAUUUUAUUUAUUAUUAUUUAACAGAAAUUUGCUACUCUCAAGAAACUUCAAAAGUCAUCUUAAACAGUCUCAGGUAAAACAAAUGGUUAUUUGAUUACGUCAACCCGGUAGAGUACUUUUGUACCAAUAAAGCUCAAUGUGUCUUGCUAUAUAGUAUAUACUUACUCCGUACGAUCUUUUACGUACUUGAAUUUUAUACUAGUCGCUCCAAGUAAAACAAAUACUACUUCUACUUCUACUGCUGGAUCUAAUAUUUUUAUUAUGAUACUUGAAUCUAUAGUGUAUCAUCGACACUGAAGACCCUUGUUGCUGUGCCUGAAAUACAGGGCGAAGAAGGUGAUGGCCCGUACCGCGCGCUCGCGACGAAAGAUGGCAAACACAACAGAUACGGGGCACACAGUAACUGGAAGCAGUCUUCUCUCAACGUCAAACUCAACAUCUUUUAUUGAUGGCUCGAGUACAACGUACCCGACAGCCCCGUACUCCAGUGAAAGCUACAGCAGCUUCAACUACACCAGUUUGGCGAACAGUUUCGGCGUAGGAGGCGUAGGAGGGUACGCUCUCGAUGACCUUAACUAUACAGAACUUUGGAUUGACGUUUGGAAUAAUACCGAAGCCACUAAUGUCACCCAGAGACUCAAUUCAACGGUACUACCUCCUCUCGGUGGUUACUGCAACGAAUGGGAAUCUGCACAACACAAGCUCUUUCAGGCUGCUAAUUUAUUUUUCGCUGCGGCAUUUAUCGUCCCACGGUCAUUCAAAGCAUCUGUAUUCGCACUGCGUACAUUUCUGACGGCUGGAUUCAUGUUGGCGGCACUCUGGGCGGGAAUGACAAUUUGUGCUCUGGACGCGAUGCUCUGGUCGCUGGCUCUGGGAUUAUUAAACGGCGUUCACUCUUUGAUACUUGCCUGUCGGUUCUUACCACCGGCGUUGAGCCCGGAGCUCGCUGAGCUCUACCUCAAGCUCUUCAAGCCUUAUCGCGUCAGUAAAAAACACUUUCAAGAGCUCGCCAAGGAGGCAAGAAUACUCAAGCUGGAUCCAGGUCAGACUUAUGCGACUGAGGGCAUCUCGCCGGCUGACGAAAGGCUGUCUAUUCUUCUGCGUGGCAAAUUAAAUGUAACGUGCGAGGGUACUCACCUGCAUUACGUAAAUUCUUAUCAAUUCGUAGACUCACCGGAAUGGGAAGCGACACAUGAAAACAUAAACGACGUAUUUCAAGUGACGAUAAGAGCCGAAGAGUCGAGCACAUACAUUUGCUGGACAAGACUGAAACUACUACGUGUUCUUAGGCAUCGACCACUGCUUAAAAUAGUCCUCAAUACACUUAUCGGGAAGGACAUUACCUCAAAACUUUACGCGUUAAACGAACAAUUGUCUGGAAUAGUGACGAUACCCGAAAGCACUAAUAGCCCGAAUCCUUAUCGCGGGAUGGCUCGGAGCUUGAGCGUCGAUGCGGUUAAUACCGAGACUGCCGGGAGAGUCAGAUCAACCACAUGGAAAUCUCAACGGAGACAUAGGAGCUCUCCCCAGCGUGUAUCGAAUCAGUACUGGACGCCGGUUGUUGCUAACCAUUUCACACCCUCGUCUCCGUUCAUCUCAAUGCAGCAGAACAACGUUGGUUACUCGUUAAUUCCACAAAAUGUUACAUUUUCACCUCCUCCACCGACACGGCCACCAGCUGCGACGCAUCCACCCCUUCUGAGACAACGCAGCGCUGGUGGACCCGGUGGUGAUUACACGCUGCUACCACAAACGCCAAAACUCGAACGCAAACGAUCAAAAAAAGCUACCAGAGAGGUAACCUUUGAGACACCUGUAUGACGUUCGCUUGACGGGGAGGGUCCAGCGAGUGUACCGCUUCUUUCGUUUUCACCGAAACGCUCCGCAACCUAGCCCCGUCGGCAUCAAGACUCUAAAAGUCGUAAAACUACUACUAAUACUACUAUUACUAUCACUAAAAUAUUAUUAUUAUUAAUAAUAGUAAUAAUAUUUAGGCAAUUUGGCCUAAAUAAAAAAAUAAAUGAGAAAGUGAUCUUCCAUAUUAUUAUAUAUGAAAUUAAUAAGUGAUUUUAAAAACAAAGUAACCCUAGUAGAAAUGUAAUCAAGUAUCUGGCCAGUAACUGGCUAGUUUAACUAGACUUAAGCUAGAAACUGGCUAGUAUAAUAUCCAGUAACUGUCUAGUUACUAGCCAGUUUUACAAGACAUCAAAUAAAACAUGGUGACACUUGUAGAUUUUGAGGUUAUUUAAAAUUAACUAUGGAUAAGUUUGUUACAAUUCAAAAGAGUAAUAAUAUUAAUAAUAAAAAUAGUAAUAAUUAAUAAAUGGAAUAAUUAUAAAAU